ACAAACCAUCAUCUUUUAUUUUAAUAAAGGUCCAAAACUAAAAUCAAGAAAAUCAAAGAACAAAAUGAGCCUAGGGAAUUACCAAAAGUUGGAAGAAUCUGAAUUCUGAAUUGACACCUCAACUUCACCUACUUUGCUUCCCUUUCCAUCCAAGCCCCCUUAGUUUACACUCCUCCCCUUAUCCUGUUUCCCAACAACAAAAGAACAUAACAAGGCAAAAACACUUGAUGGGGUUCUUUCUUUUGCUCUCUUAGUUUGAGAAAAAUGGAAGCUUUCUUGAUUCUGAGUGCUAGUAGUUAAGGCUAUAGUGCAUUUUUUUUUAUUUUUGAAUAUGGGAUCUGUUGGAAAUACAAAUCCAUGGGCACCUUAUGAUAGUUAUAAAGAUUGUUCACAAGGGAUUUGUAGUGUGUAUUGUCCACAAUGGUGUUACUUCCUUCUACCUCCUCCACCUCCUGAUGAUGAUGCAUCAGAUGAUUCUGCCACAGCUUUCUCCCCUCUCAUCAUAGCGAUCAUCGGUAUCUUGGCAAGUGCUUUCCUACUUGUUAGCUACUAUACUAUCAUCACUAAGUAUUGCAGGAGGAGGAGGGACAGAAAUGCAGCCAGUGAGUUGGAAGCCAAUCGAAACGAGGCGCCUCAAGAUCAGUGGCAACUUGCCACUGCUGGAUUAGAUGAGUCUACCAUCAAGUCUAUCACAGUGUGCAGGUUCAAGAAAGGUGAAGGAUUGGUUGAGGACACUGAAUGUGCCGUUUGUUUGAGUGAGUUUCAAGAAGAUGAGAACCUUAGGCUUUUGCCUAAAUGUAGCCAUGCUUUUCACCUCCCAUGUAUUGACACUUGGUUAAAAUCUCAUCCUAACUGCCCUCUUUGUAGGGCUAAUGUAGUAUCUCCUCCUAGUACUAGUCCUACUCCAUCAUUGCCUCCUCCUCUUCCUUCUCCAAUGACCAUAAAUGCUCUUCAAUAUCAAAGUACAAAUGACUUGAUCUUGGUGGUGGAUCAUGAUCACGAGAGAGCACUCCAUCGCGAUGAGGUUGUUGUUAGCCUUGCUUGUGAGACUUCUGAAUUCAGUGGCAGCAACAGAACUGGAAAUGAAUUCAGAAGAUCAACCUCUUUAGGUACAUUUUCAAGGCAUCAUUUUUUCCUAGCUGAUAUCCAAUCAGGCAACAAUCCUGUUUCAGUGAACAGAUCUGUUUCCACUGGAAGAUACAUAUUCUCAGGACAGAAUAGAGGCAAGGACUCUAUUGUUCUUUCUUGAAACAUAUUUUAAAGUCUUGAUUGAAACUCUGUAAAUUCUUGAAGUAUACCAACACAUCACACAGGAAAUUAAUGAAUUCUGAUUUUUCUUCAGUUCUUCAA